AUGUUCCGCUGGACCGCCGGCACAAAGGCGCGGGCGGACCGCGCGUCACGUCAGCGCGGCCACCCUGGAGGCUCUGCACGUCUUCUUCUCGCACGCUGUCGUCAUCUUCACCCUCGCCCAAGCGACGCCGCCACGUCGUCGGCCGCCGCUACCGCCCUCGGCGUUGCUGUGGCCGCUGUUUCCCAAAGCUCAGCGCAUUCGGGCACCGAGCAGGUUCACAGUUCACUGACCGUGGUACAAUCAGCUCCAGUAGUACUGGAUGAUGAGGUCGCUGACGCCGCCGUAGUGACUGAAGGUGUCUUCUGUGGCGCAGUGAUAGAGGGAGCUGCUCAGACGAGCGUGUGCUCACUGUCGACGACGACGGAUAUCUCCUCUCCGGUACUAGACGCCCCCGUGAGUGAGGCGGUCCCAGCGAAGAACAACGAGUGCAGCAACACCCUCCAAGGUGCAACGGCAGAGGUUGCUUCCAGUCUAUGUCCCGCACCUUUCCUAUCGCACCGCUGCAGUGUAGUACCUCCGUCACCCCCUCGCGACGUAGUGGUCAACCACGGCAGCGACCCGUCAGAGCGUCUGUCCAGAACAUCAUCUUCACUCCCUUUCAUCGUAUUACUGAAAAAGCAACAAACACCGCACCCACCGUCACCACCGCUGUCGGAGAGGUCAACCCUCUGCUACCGAGCCCUGCCACCGCCUCCCCUGCAGUCUUCCUCGCACUCAUCCUCGGCUGCCGAGACGGAACCGCUUGUCGAAGCUCUGGAGGUAAAGGCGGCACGACGAGGAGCAUGCAGGCGCACACUAGAGCGGUCAUUGCUGCAUCAUAGAGAAUGGAGGCAGCGGCAUAAGAGGCAGCGAUGUGGUGAGAAGCCGCAUGACAGAUCAUGUGGCACCAAUGCACUGGUACAGAGCAGCGAAGAGGAAGUGGCCGACACCUACGCAAAGGUGCAACGACAACGUCAGCGGCAGUGCAUUGAGAAACAAGCUGGUGGAGAGAGGUGGCCGAGCUUUAGCAUCAAUGACUCCUCCGGUUCCUACCUCCAUCAGCGGGAUCGGAUAACACAACGUGAGGAGCAGCAGCCGAGACCCCACUCUCGACUCCGCGUCGCUGAGCAGUCGGUAGAUUGCAUCGCGGUACAGCUGCCGCUACAGCGGGCAAAGGACGCGCCUGCGCCCACGAUAACCCACACCACGGUCGCCUCUCCAUCUACUCAUUUUGGAGCUCAGUCAUCGUCGUUGCUCACGUGCGCGGAGCGACGAGAGUCACAAGCAUGCUUUGCUCAAGACGACGACCAUUCACUACCCGCUGGCAUGGCGAUAGAGGUGGCCUCCGACACCUUCCGCCACGACAACAAUGGGGGUACACUUGCCACACGAGGAGAUGUACGCUUCUCAGAAGGCGCCGGAGGCCGCUCUCUGCCCAUCUUCGACAGUUCUCCAGGCUACCCCGAUGGACAUGUGGGCACCUACACGGCUAGGGAGACGAUGUUGUCGUGGAACGCACUGCCCAUCACUUCAACGUUCAGGUUCCCCAAGAACUCUCCCAAGCAUGAACUGAUGCCUGUCUUCGAGGACCAGGCGCUGGGUUGGUUCCCGCAAGAACAGGUACAAGCUUCGCAAGACGUAUUCGAGUAUGCGAACACCGCAGGCGGGAUGGGCCGAGUCGUAAGGGAUGACCACAACCGAUACGGGGUAGCGCCGCUGGUUGAGUCUGGCUGGAGUGUAGUGGAACCUGAAUUCGCGUUUGCAGCCACGCCAGCCGGAGAUGGCGAGGCGUAUCUCUGGAUGCCCGAAUCCGGUCCCCCUUCUUUCACUCCCUGGAUGCAGCGUGAUUCUGACGGUGGUACCUACGCUGGUGCGUAUGCCCUGCCAGCUGAUCGAGUAGUGGCGCCUGGCGGAGGCCUUGCCCUUGACCUUGGCGACACUCAUGCAGGCUUCUAUGGAGGCACACCAAAGGAGCCGAGCUGGUGGCCUUCCUCAGCCGAUGCCGACUGUCGCGACGCCGAAGGUGGACAUGACUGGCAGCUGCGUGUCGGCCGUUGUCCUACGUCAUUGGCGUGUUUGAGCAGCGUUAGCGCUCUGCUUGGAUCUCGUGGCAUCAGUACAGAAGCUCCGUCUCUUUCUGGUCUGUUCAGCUCACAUGCAGUGCCUCGUGAGUUACCCCCGACACCUGCGUCCCCGUGGACGACCGCUGGCGAGGGUGGAGUAGAAGUCAGUGGAAGAGGCAGAUACGGUGACCGCAACUUUUCUGGGAGAGGCUCGUCUCUGUGCCUGCUACCCCGCUCCUUCGAGUGUGCUCUGGGAAGCAACUUCGGUCGUGGCGAUGGGGACCUGGCUUUGUGUUCUACACAGGCGGCGGCGCCGCCAAGCCACGACUGCAGUUAUCCUCCACAGUCACAGGCUCACUCCGUGCCAUUUUUUGGUUUACCGAUUUCUCCUAGUGUAGUGAGCCCCUCCAACAACACCACCCCUGCUGCUGCUCCAGCACCACCUCGAGCAUCGCGGCUACGCCAGCGUCACGGCGGCAGCGCGUGGGGAUUGCGUGCGCUGAACGGCACGACAGAGCGCUGUCGCCGCUUUUGGGAGCGCUGUCGGCAGUCCCACGUGCCCAACUAG